UUGUUUAAAACGAUUAGAAAGUAACGAUGCAGAACGAGGCUUUAGAUAAGGAUAUUAAAAUAUAUUUUACAGUUUAAAAUGCCAAACAGUACUAUUAACGUGCAUGAUAAACAGCGAUUUUGUUGUAAUAGGGUUGGACAAAAUUUAGUAGUAAGUGGUGAAAUAUUUUUGAAGACAUUUAUGUUAAUAAAAGUUUUUUUAAAGAAGUAUAAUGCUUCUCAUGUAUUGCAAAGUCUAGGAGAUUUUCAAUGGUACGUUCAAGAACAUUUUUAUUUGAUAAUAGGCUCAUAAACAACCUAAAAAUAGACAUGACCGAUAUCAAAAUAUCUUCAAAUAUUUCAGGGAGAAAUUUACUUCGCUUUCAUCCCGACAAACAAAGAGAAAAAAUAAGUGAUGCGUCCUUUAAUGGUAUAAUAUUUGUAAAACAAGAUAAUAGUGUCAAUCUUAGCAAUAACGAAUCACCUCAAAUGUCUCCGUUUAAACAAAAUGAGGAGAAUGCAUUUAACAAUUUUGCUACUAACAAAGUUCUAGAAACUGAUAUUGUUGAAUCUUUAGAUAUUUGUGAAACUGUAAUAUGUGGCAAAGAAGAUGAAAACUGCAAUAAUAUAGUUAAAGAAGAUCAUGUUAUAGUUAAUCAAAAAAAGAAAUCUGCAGUGCAUUCCUUUAAAAACUUUGUUCGAGGCACAAUCAUUCCAAUGCCAUCUGAAACUAAAGAAUGGCUGGGCAAACAGCCUCCAGACUGUGCAAUCGAAAUGGAGAAUUGUGUAUUAAACAAAGAACAAAGUUUCUCAAUUAAAACCGAAGAUGUUCCAAGGAGGAAAAAGCUUUCAAGUGUUAUUAAUCGCACUAAAAAAACUCGAUCAAGAAUACAUAACGAAGGUGCUUCUUUAUGGACACCAAUGGAAAAUAGUCGUUGGAAGUCUGGAGAAAAAGUUGUUGAACUAAAAGAUAUUUCUUUGCACCAAUUAACUGAAUCAGAGCGUGAAAAAUUGAAACAGUACGGAUUAGAAAGAUUACGAGAAAACAAUUUUGAUUGUCAUUUAAUAAUCCCCAAAGAUACCCAAGUUGCAGCUAGGAGACGUUGGAAAAAGUUGAUGAUUUUGCGAAAAAAAGCAAAAAAUGAAAGCAGUGAAAAAGCAUCUCCUAGGCCUUAUAACCCUGUGUUUUCGGUGGAUCUAAACCAAGUUAUUGAGAAUGAUAAACUUAUUGAAAAAGCGCAAAAAGAGGCAAUGCAAAAACUUGAUAAAAAUGAAGAGCUUGGGGAAAACUUUGAAACGAAUGAAAAAGAUCAAUCAAACAAAAACAGUAUAACUAGAACUAAGGUCUGUGAAGAGGCGUUUACAACCGAGGAUCAUGAAGAUUACAACUUGAAUUAUUUUAGGACAAUAUGUACGCUGCAAGAAGAAGACGAGGAUGAAUGGAGCACCAAUAAAAGAAAAUCAAGGUUAAUUGAAGCUCUUGCACUUUCUUCAACAUCUGCUUCUUCUUUGUGCAUACUUGAUAAAGAAAUAGAGUUUAAACAACUUCCUCUUCAAAUUCCAAAAGUCAUUUUGCAAACAACAGAGUUCAUAACCAAGUUUGCCUUGAAUACAGUUGGAAUAUUUCGAACAGGAGGUUCAAAAAAACGAGUGACUCAAAUGAAAAGUGAUUAUGACAGAGGAUUUUUUGGUGUCAUUAAUGAAGAAAGUAAUCCAAACGAUGUUGCAGCACUUUUAAAAGAGUUUUUAAGAUGUUUACCUGAUCCAUUGUUGACUAGAGAACUUUACCAAGUUUUUUUAUCUUUAGCAAAAAAAGAAACACAAACAAAAGAAGAAAAAGUUGAAAUUAUUCAGCAGCUUAUCUGGUUGCUACCUGUGGCUAAUCGAGAUACUUUAGAAUGUCUCCUAAAUUGCUUGCGAAUGGUAGCUGACCAUUCCCAAAAUUCAAAAGAUGAAUUUAAUAAUGAGAUAUGUGGAAACAAAAUGGACUCUCUAAACCUAGCCACUUUAAUGGCUCCAAAUAUUCUACACAGAUGCAAAACAUACAAAAGCAGCAAUGCUUAUCAAGUUGAUGAAGCGUUAAAUCCUGACGAUAACAAAGCUAGCAUUGAGAUUGUAACACUCAUGAUAGAUUACAAUAAAGAACUGUUUAAGAUUUCUGCUAACACACAUGAUAAAAUACUUCGGAUGCUACUUGUAGAUGACCCGGAAACAAUAGACUAUGUUCUUAGAAAAAAACCAACCAUAGAACAAGAGUUGACAAAAAAUGGCGUACAAACAAUACCUAAAGCAAAAUCAAUAAAAAGGAUUUCAAGUUUUGAUGAAAGAAUAGGUAACACAAUAGGAACACAAGUGUUUACAUGUACAGAUGAUAAUAAGAAGUUUGAAAAAUCGAACUCGUUUAAUGGAUAUUUGCGAAUGAAAAGAAAUAGUACUAACAGUCGACCAAGCUCUACGCGGUCUGACCCAAAUGAUAGAAAUAGUGUAAGAAAAUCAUUAAAUGAGCCUUCUCCACGAAGGCGUAAAAGAUCUGCUUUUCUUGGGGAGUUAGAAGCAUUUAAACGUAAUUCUAGUCCAAGAGAUAGUGGAGUUGUAUUGACGUCAAUCCAUUGUGUACAGGAUGAUGAUAGAUUAUUAGUCGAUAUUAAAGACAAGCGCUCUUAUUCUGAGUCUGUUGUUCUUCGGCGGGAAAAUUUCAGAGGGCGGGAUUCAUACGAUUCUGCCUACAAUAGCGGUAUAAAUAAUUUUAGGAUGUCAGAACUCGGCUCUGUAAGAGUAAGUCAGGAAGUUUCAGAACUAACAUCAUUGGAAAUGAAUGAGAAUGCUGAAAAGUUAAGAUUAACUUUUUUAAAUGAAGUCCUUGAAUCUCCACCAUUUUUAAGUCCACAAUUACAUGUAAAAAAAAAAGAAACAAGAAAAAUAUCAAUGCCAAUUUUACCAAAUAAAGAAUAUUUUCCUCUUCAUAGACAAAAAGAAAUCUCUUUAGACGGCAUUCCAAGUAUUUCUUUUGAUAACGAAUGGGAUCCAGUUUUAAAUUGGCCUUACUGGAGGUUACCGUCAAUAGAUAGUCAAAUGCCGUCGCAAGAAACAGAUCUUUGAAUGCAUAAAAAAAUAGUGUAUCUAUACGGCUAUCAUAACAGCUUCAAUGCAUUUAAUGCAAAAAGGAAAUAGGUUUCCAAUGCGAUUACUUAACCAAUAAAAGAUCAAUCAUGCUUCUGCGAAACGACAUAAUAUUGUUUAAAAAUUAACUUGAGAAAUGUCCAGAAAUUUCAUAGCAUUUAUUUAGUUUAAUAUUUUGCAAAAAUAUUUUGUAUUUAUAAAUUAUAGAUUCUAUAAAUUAUAAAUAA